AUGUUAACGUUUAACGACAGGAAAGCAGCAGUCCCUGUAACCACACACUCGGUGAGUUCGAUCAUAUAUUCUGGUCAAAGGCUAUGGCUGAUAUUUUCCGUCUGAGCAGCAUGUGAACGGCUCCAGUGGGUGAUUUACCGAGGUGGAUGUGACGCCAAAUUUAAAGUAACAGGCAGCCGAGAGGGAUUGCCUUCAGUGGCGGAUUUAGCUGGUAGGCUAACACGCGGCCAAGUGACGGUUUGGAAAUCUGUUCAUUUUGCCUCCUUUAGAUAACCAAAACUCGUUAAGUCAGAGCCCUAUUAGUUUGUGUGAGCGGUGCUCGUUGUCACUGGGCCUUUCGGUACGGAGGAUAAACAGUUAGCCGGUGGAGCUAAAACGGUAACCAGCCCCAGUCCUGUUAAACAUGGAGGAUGACGAGGUUGCAGAGAGCUGGGAAGAGGCAGCGGACAGCGGGGAAAUAGAGAGAAGACUUGAGGCCAAGCUGAAAAUAAAUCAGGAGACAAAGAAGUCCAGCUUGAGUUCAGGUGGCUCACCUGUGAGAACUGCCAUUGUGAUUCAGGAUGAGUCACUGCCUGCUGCACCUCCACCACAAAUAAGGAUUUUAAAGCGCCCUACAAAUAAUGGUACCACAGGAAACCCUGCAGCCUCCUCUCGUCCGUCUCAGCAGAUGAAGUCUUUGGCCCAGCGGGAGGCAGAGUACGCAGAGGCUAGAAGAAGGAUUUUGGGGAGUGCCUCAUCAGACGAUACGCCUCAGGACAAUUCAUGCCAGGACAGGCCAACCCGUGGAAGUGGGCAACAGCUAUCGGAACAAGUCCGUCCAAACAAUCAUGUAAUCCGCCAGCCCACUGGCCCAGAUGGUACCUCAGGCUUUCGACUUUGCAGAUAAAUCAGAACAACCUGCUGUAAGGAAUCAGCGUGAGGGGUGACAGUUAAAGGGGUUGUGUGUGGUAUUAAGAGCAGAGUGGACAGAUGACUUGAAAUUUGACAGACAUACAUAUGAAGACAUUGCAUGGAUUGAGAUGAACUGCCUGUGUCCACUCUGCUUACUGGCAUGCUCCUUGCCUUUCGCCUUGUCUUUUCCCCCUGUGGAACUUUUCAAGGGGUUGGCAGAGAUCAGCCAAUGAUCUGAAACCCCUUCUGUUCCACACUGUGAGCAGGCUUUAGCCUCACUUCCCCACACACUGUGAUUACUUCGAUGUACCAUGCGGUGCCCUAUGAUUCUUAGUCUCAUUGGUGAGCUGAGCGCCAGGGCAUCAACGGUCCCCUGGAGACGCGCAAAUGAAUGAGCUGGCCUUUACUCCAAGUGGAACGUGGAAUAUGGAGUGGGUAUCCACCAGGAUGCUGACUUCAGUUUGCUAGGUUCAUGGAAAUGACGUGCUCGACAGUGCUGAGAAUUUACUCUGUGUUCAGCAGCUUGGGUGUAAGGUGGUAGAAAGUCCUAUGAUUCAGCCUUUGAGCUGAAGAACACAGUGCUGAAUAAAAGACGUGUAGUUGCUGAACAGUGACAGUGGCCCAGACCAGCAUCUCCACAGCCCACAGGCCCCUGUUUGGCCCUGGAGGCUUUGAAGAGAGGCCCGGUGGGCGCACAGCCGGUGGCCAAAGAUGGAAAAAGGACGGAGUGUUCCUAAAUCCAAGCUUUUUCAAGCAAUAAUAAUGGCACCCUGUUUUUUCUCAAAUAUUGCCUAAUUAACUGUGCUGUGUUUUGUUUUGAGUAAUCCUUUAUUUUAAAUUGUUUACAUGGUUUUCUUCAUGUUUUUUUUUCCAAAACAUUGUAUUUGGGUCAGGGUAUUAGUUGUGUUUAAGAAAGUAGAUGACAAAACCAUAGGGAACUUUAGUGGUACAUCCAUAUGGAAUUUUAUACAAAUUGGAAGGACUUGCACAUUCAUUGAAAAUUGGAAAUCAUCAGGCAUAUAAUGUCCCUCAGUCUGUUGCCUUGCUGUUUCUAAUCAACCAGGUGUGAACCUGUCAAACAGCAAAGUGCAAUGUGAGACUUAAAAUGGCAGUUGGCAAAUUACACAGAAGUAACUAUGACGGCCAGUUUGGAGAAUUAAAGGCACACAACACCUCCUUUAUUUUGUGAAUAACAUUCUGUCAUAGUCAGGGAAACUAUUGGACAACUCAACUUGAGGUGUAAGCCAAAUUUCACUGCCUGGUUUUGAUGAAUGUCUUUCCUGGUGUUUCUGAUACAACAGGAUUUUACAAUACUUUGGCUUUUUUUGUAAGUCAUGUAAACAAAACUUUCCAAAACAAUAAAUAAUUCUGAAGGGGAUAUGAUCAAAUAUGAGGAUGGGUUCAAAAUAACCCAGUAAAUAUUAAUAAUGAAUAAUUUUAGUAAUAUGUAAUAACAUUUCACAGCAGACACUCAGUUGCCUUGGAUGAUGAUUGAUAACUAGUUGCAAUGUGUCUGUUAUUUCACCAAAUAAGAGGUCAAAUCUGACACAAUACUCAGCUUCAGUGAGUAAAAGUUUCAUUGAAAAAUAUGAACACAGUAGGGGUUAAUAUCACAGUGAUUACUGAGGCGGCCUGUUUUUUGUUUGUCUAAAAUUUUUAAGUUGACAGCUGUUUAAUGCAGCUUAUAUGUGUAUUCUUUAGGAUGGUAAACACUGUUAAAUGAGACAAUUUACAAGGUUAUUAAAAAAAAAGAUGUGGAUACAUUUCCUGAAUUCUCUGAU